UUCAGCGUCUCAUGGCAUCCCAUGGCAUCGCAUCGCCACCAACCCGAGAUGUCAGUGUAAUGCCCUCUGACAGCCACUCAGAUUGAAUGCUCAAACACAAACUAAACUAAACUGGAUACUAUUUAGCGCUAGAUUUAUUUCGGGCAUUAAAUAGAGAUCGCAUUUCAGGCACAAAGUACCCCCAUUCCCCCAGCGAGUCGGCGAGAAGUGCACUUAAGUGACUCAAGGGGACAGGCGCCGGAUGUGCGCAAUCAUUGCCCUGUCCUCCUGCCCAUGUUCCAUGUUCCAUGUUCCAGUCCCAGUCCCUCAGCUGGAGAAAAGUGCAAGUUAUAAAUACGAGUAGAUACAGAUACAAUCCAUGGAGUGGGAGUAUCACGGUGUAUGGGUAAUUUUACCAAAACGAUUUCUCCAGCCCUCCAGAUAAGAUUAGAUUAUGUGGCCAGCAGAGCACCAUCGAAUGCGGGGAAUAGGCAAAUUAGCCAACCAUAUCCAACUAUCAUAACCAUAGCCAUUGGCCAAAUGUCAUCAAACAGCGCACAGCCAUCAGCAAAAUGCGACGUCCGCUCUCGCCGACACUGGCCAAGCUGGCCGAGAAGGAGGUGAACGAGACGCCAGACCGCAUCCAGCAGGACAUCAUUAUCCUGCGCGUGUGGAUACGCCAGCAGCCGCAUCUGCGUGCCCGCACCGACGACGACUUCCUGAUUGCCUUCCUGCGUCGCUGUCGGUAUAGCCUGGAGCAGACCAAGCGGCGCAUCGAUCGCUACUUUACCCACUACAACCUCUUUCCGGAGAUCAUGAACAAUCGGUGUGUGACCCAGCGACUGCUGGACAUCAACCGCUUGGGAGUCUGCCUAUAUCCCGAUAUGCCAAAGGGCGACAGUCGCACUGCGCUGUUCAUCGCUCGUUUCGGCCACUUCGAUCCGAACCUCUAUAUGCUGCGCGAGAUCUAUCACUUCACCUCGAUGGCCAUGGAGAUUGUUGCCUUGGAGAAUGAUUAUGCCUCGCUGGCGGGUAUUUGUGAGAUAAUCGACUUGGAGGGCGUCAGCUCGGAUAAGAUGCGACGAUUCGACAAGGUUCUCUUUCGGAAAUGGUGGAACUGGCUCUACAACUGCGGCCCGCUGAAGGUGAAGGAAAUGUACAUCAUCAACAUGCCCAAGGAUAUACAGGGAACGAUCAUGUUCCUCUACAAUAUUCUCAGCAUGCAGGUUAACUAUCCGAUACGCGUCCUGAAGUCUAGUGAGGAGCUGAUCGAGCAUAUUGGCAAAGAGACGCUGCCGGAGGAGUAUGGCGGCACCAAUGGUCAUAUGGGCGAGUGCAUGGCCUACAUGGAGGACCUGUUGAACAGCUAUCGUGGCUACUUUGACCAGGACUGCCACUACGGGACCAUCGAGGAGCUGCGACACGACGAGGUUACCCAUUAUGAGGCAGAGUUCGGGGCCAGCGGCUCCUUUCGCAAGUUAAACUGGGAUUGACAUUGACCCAGAUCGAAAGAGAACUCUCUUCGGGGACACCUCCGGAUAUUCCCCACACGUAAACGCCAGCGUAUCUAUAUCCAAGCUUUGGUGUAGUCAGUCGAUCAAUUAAAGAUAACACAAACAUAUCGCCUAUCUAUCUAUGCACCCAACUAUCAUAUCCGUACUUCAGUAGGUACAUAUGUAUCCGUAUCUGUGUCUGUGCUGCCGGUUUUGGGUUCGUGUGGUGUCGUAUCGAACAGAGUUGCCGUUCGUUCCGUUGCUAAUUUACAAGGUGUUCCCUGAUUAGAUAUACGUAUCGCUUAGCGGCAGCGAUGCCAGCGGC